AUGUCUUCACAUACAGAGCCCCUGAAAUGGGCAACUCAACUCGUUGUUGCCCCUCCGAAACGCAGUCUGGCGGGUGACAAAAUCACCUUGCCACCAUCUGCCCUCGAAGCCUUGCUGGCCGCCGCACCUGUCGUGUCAGUCUCGAGCGAUGCGCACACGAACCUCACCUCCUCCUUCAAUCCCUUCAACCCCUAUUCUUUUGCCGCUGAGCGCCGUGCUCGCGAAGCCCUUGGAGAACAACAACCGCAACUUCCUCAUCCCCUCACUUUCCGCAUUGCCAAUCCGCGCAAUGGAAGAUCUGUGUUCGCGGGCAUCCGGGAAUUCUCUGCCCCCGAAGGCACCAUUGGGCUGAGCAGCGGCUUGCAAGAAGCCCUUGGUUUGCAAAGCACGGCGUCGUCAGCUUCUACAACUCGCGAGAACACCCCGAGCGAGGAUGUGGCCAUGACCAAUGGCAUAAACGCACUUGGGGGUCCGACGGUCACAGUGCAGGCAAAGCAAUUAGAAAAAGGAACCUAUGUGAAACUGAGACCGCUAGAAGCAGGAUAUGACCCUGAGGAUUGGAAGUCGCUGCUCGAGCGUUAUCUACGGGACAACUUCACCACCUUGACUCGUGGGGAACUGCUGGUUAUCCCGGGGCCACGCCACGAGAAAUUCCGUUUUCUCGUGGAUAAAUUGGAACCAGACGAGGACGGGGUAUGCAUUGUCGACACAGACCUUGAGGUGGAUAUUGAAGCACUGAACGAAGAGCAAGCCCGCGAAACGUUGAAUAAAAGGCUCGCAAAGAAGAAAACAGCGCAAGGAUCACAAGAAGGCAGCUCCGUCGGGGGACUGCUGGGCCUAGGAGCGGAAAGAGACGGGAAAGUGCUACCAGGACACUACGUGGAUUACGAACUGAAAGAUUGGGAUCGAAAGCAAGACCUGGAGGUGACGUUGCAGGCGGCGGACGACAAUGCCCUCCUCGACCUUCUUGUCAGUCCCUUUUCGUCGCGUCAACGUUCCAAGCCUCGAGAGGACGAGUACGUCUUCGGCGACUUGAGCACUCGGCCGACAAAGCGACUAAAGCUCUCCCGCACCAGCGUCGACCUUGAGGGCGCGGAAUACCUGAGUAUCGCUGUUCACGCUUGGAACCCGCCCGACGAAGCUCAAAAUACAUAUCACCCUAUUGCAUACAGCCUCAAGGUCAAUGCAGACGUUGAGCAAAUUAAAAUUGUGGAGGAUUCGACCGCAGAUCUCUCUCCGGAUGAGGUUGUGUGCAAAAACUGCCACCAGAUAAUUCCCAAACGAACACUUCCACUGCACGAAGCGUUCUGCUACAGAAAUAAUGUUCUUUGUCCGCAAUGUUCUGGCGUGUUUCUCAAAAGCUCCGAUGCAUGGAAGAACCACUGGCACUGUCCUCAUGACGAAGAACAUGGCAACGAUGCGUUGACGCGUCAGAAACACGACACCAUUUUCCAUCCACAAUCUCCGUUGCAAUGUCCAAGCUGCGACUUUCAGGCCUUCAACCUUCCAAUAUUGGCACAUCAUCGUACAACGACUUGCCCAGGGAAAGAGAUUCUCUGCCAAUUUUGUCACCUCGUCGUCCCUCAACAAGGCCCUGAUGAUGCUUCCUUCACCGAUCCUGAGGUGCUCAUGUCCGGUCUUACCCCUCACGAGCUCGCUGACGGUGGACGUACAACUGAGUGUCAUAUCUGUAACAGGAUCAUUCGACUGCGAGACAUGAAGACGCAUCUCCUGCUCCAUGAUCGGGAACGAUUCACGAGACGGAAGCCGAGGAUUUGCUCGAACCGGAUAUGUGGUCGGACUAUUAAACCCGAUGAGGAGUUCAGGGUCCAGAAUGAGCAGCUGGGCCUGUGCAACGAGUGUUUUGGCCCGUUAUACAUUACGAGCUACGACCCCGAAGGGAAGAUGCUCAGGAGGAGAAUCGAGCGAAGACUGUUGCAGCAGCUAAUGGGAGGCUGUGGCAAGUCUUGGUGUGCGAAUCUGGAUUGCAAGACAGGAUAUAAGCACUUGAAAGGCGAAGACAGAAUUGUGUCCGCCAAGGACGGCCUACCCAUGGUGAAACCUAUCAUCGACGAUAUCUCUCAUGGCAUUACAUCGUCUAUGGUCUUUUGCGUUGACGAAGCCAGCCAGUCCCGGAGGAACCUCGCAGCCAUGUUGUCCGGCGAGGGCAAGUACGAGCUGGAAUGGUGUGCCAAAGCACUGGAGGACGAGAAGGGAGACGUUGACCGAGCGAGAGAGUGGCUUAGGAGCCGAGCUCCGCAGAUUGGUGAGGUGCUCUCUUGA